AUGGCUUUCCGUCUACCUACACAUCUUCCGCAAAGGCAGCCGGCCUACACUGGUGCCCCUCAACCUUCCAGCUUGGAGAUCAGAUCUGCAGUUGCGAACCCCCAAAAUCCCCAUCAACAGCAUCACCACCACCAACAACAGCAGCAGGAACAGCAACAGCAGGAACAGGAACAACAACAGCAUGAAGUUGAAGAAUCGACAGAAUGGGUCCUCUUUUCCCCAUCUCAAGCCGGCUCCACUACGGCCCGCACCCAUACCACCUCUACUGAAAAGACCCCCCGCACAGCUGGCCUGUCGCAAGUCAGUGAUUUUGGCUCGCUGGACUCUCCACAAUCCCAAUCCGAAGAUGAUGAACUUGAUGAUGACCAGUUGGAAGAUGAUACCGCAGAGCUUGACAGCCUGGAUGAUGGUCUACAUGCCUUUCGUGAGCCUUCUGGAUACAGGAUGAUAUCUACUGAAGCAGCCCCUCAUGAUUCCGCCAUUCUCCCAACACAUGAUGGCCUGGGUAUGUUUGCCCCUUCGAGUCAAGAUGUACAGGAUCAGCUCUGGCAACAUGAACAACACAAUCCGCGACGAAGAAGAGAGGGAAAACAUAGAAGGCGGUCUAGUGAACAGAAACAACUAGAGACUAUGGAAGAAAUCCAGGCUCGUGAGAUUGAGUAUGACAGAUGGCGGCGGAUUGAGCAGUGGAGGACGGAACAGAGUCGAGCAUUGUUGCAGGAGUUUGAGAAAGAGACAAGGUGGAGAAGAAAUAGCCGGGCUGGUCACGCUGGUGAAAGGUUAGUGGCUCGACAGGCUCUUGGAAGCGGUACCUGGGAAAUCGAUCUGGAAACGAACGCCCGCGAACUUGGUGCUCAAGAAGCCCGAUCGAGCCAGGCUGGAGAGUUGCAGGACGAUGAUGGUGGUGCAGGUGCUGCUGCUGCUGACGAUGAGUCGUUCUGGAGGAGGAUCACACGGAAAGUAAUUCAGGACUUAAUCGGCAUCGACCACUCUUUGCUUUCGGUCAUCUUAGGGGAAUCACUUGUGCCGGAGCAAAGAGAGCAAGAUGGAAGGUCUACGCUGAACGAUCUCAGUGACACCACAUCAAAUCGCUUGCACGAGCCUUUGAAUAUGGGCGGGGUCAUGAAAGCCGUGGAUGAUACCCCACGAACUGGCGAUUAUUGGCAUGAAAGACUCCUGGAGCGUAUUGCUCGCGAGUUGGGCAUUUUGGUCCAUCAGCUAUGCGAACAUCCGGGUGCUUUCAGCACUUAUGUUCGUUCUUCUACAUCUAUUUCAAAACAGUAUGCCGGUAUACCCAUUAUUUCCCCACCUCCUUCGACUACCAUAUCAUCUAUCCCGCCCCCUCAAAGCCCGUCAAAUAACACAACAUCCAAUCCUGCGUCGACAUAUUCUCCCCAUUACGAAUUCGGCCCCACCCUCCAGGACGCAGUAACCUCUGCAUUUGAAAUUGGAGAAGAAGCACCCCUCUCUCCUUACAACCUCAAUACCCAGCCCGUGCCAUCAGCAGCCGCAGGCCAACUCCCCUCAAGCUGCGAAGCCAUCUCAGAAACCUCUCGCCUGGAGCGCGAGCGCGAGUACUGGGAACGCGAACUAGAUGUCAAAAUGGUCUUCCACUUUCUCCGCAACCGCUUCAUCAGAAAUAUUCCCUUCACAAGCGAUAACGAGAAAAAUACAUCCUCACUCCGUCGCAGCUCUGCCACCGCUCUCUCAACUUUUCCGAUUGAUGAGCAGGACCCAUCACACCGCGCUGCCAUCAUUCGGCAACGCCAUCCCCUCGUCGCGCACGCCCAUGCCCGUUCCCAAUCUCAAAGUCAACGGAGCAUGGCCCGGCAGCAAGCGCAACGGUCCUCAACAUCUAUCUCUGGUUCUUCCGUGGCAGGACCCAUCAGUCCCCUCCUGCGCCAUCGCAUCCGCCACCCCAGCUCUAGUUGCACAAGCCAAAACGCUAGGAUGCCUGUGGUCUCGGGGAAGCGGACGACGGCAGGUGGUAGCGGGUCGAGUCGACAUUACUGGGAUAUCGGGGGCAGUGUGGGAAGCGGAAGUGCGGUUGUUUCCGCGGUCGGGGGCACGGGGACUUGGGUGGACGUUUAAGAACUAUGUUUGAUUUUAUAUUAUGAUGGUGAUCCGAGAUGGAGUUUUAGUUUUUUGGGUCCUCCCUCCGAAGCUGUCCCUGAUUGCGGUCCGAAUCCACUGCGAGUCGAGUCAUUAUAGCAACAACAGCUCAUCUGGCUGUAUAACGCUGUUUACACUGUUGGAGGAUGCUGGGACAUGGUAGAUGCAGGCGUUUGCAAGGAAGUGGAGAGUUGUGGGAUAGAUGGACGAGUUUAUUCGAGGCCUUUUAAAUAAAAGGAAAAUAUGAGAGAGGGGAAAAGGUGAAAAAGCCUAACUGUCAUCCCGCUUUAACUUCCCUUUCCGCCCUCUCCCAGCCCGAUUCAUUCCCAUAUAGUAUAAAAACAUAUUCUUACUACCUACGAACGACGUCGUUUCCUCCUUGUGAUUCAUAUAUAUUAUAAGUCGGCAUAGAAGGCGCGUAGGAUUUGCGAUUGAGCGAGGAAAGAGAAUUAUAUGCAGCUGGUUUUAUACAUUUUGUCAUUAUACAUUAUUCCCUAAGCAUGCAUGCAGAAUCAAACUAACUGCACAUCUGUCUAGAUAGGCGGGCUAAUCAGUGAUAGAGAGGUAUAUCAUUGAUACUAUCACGCUGCCACUUCAAUUAAUUGAUAUUCAUCUAAGAAC